AUGGCUGACGAGAAGAAGGUCGUUGACCAUUCUGACCCGGAUGUGGAGCGCGAGAUCCAGGCUGACCGACCUGAGAUCCGGCAUGCCCAGCCCAGGACAGAUGAGCUGGUCCUCCACGAAUACGCCGAGUCCGAGGGCUACGUGAUCGACGCCGAGGAUGGAGCUGCCGGCGUCAAGCUCGCCAAGGACGGCCACACGCGCCUGAUUCCCCAGCCCAGCGACGACCCCAAGGACCCCUUGAACUGGAGCUCCCUCACCAAGCACGUCAUGCUGAUGAUCGUCGCCCUCACGGCUUUCCUGCCCGACUACGGCAGCGCCACCGGAGCCGUCACUCUGCUCGCACAGGCCAAAGAAUGGGACAUGACCGAGGACCACGUGAAUCACUCGCAAGCCGGCAACGUCUUUAUGCUUGGCGCCGGCGGCAUCUUUGCCGUCAUCCUGUCCGCCUACUUCGGCCGCCUGCCCGUCAUGUUCUACUUUAUCGUCAUCGCCACCGCCACCGCCGCCUGGUGCGCCGCGGCCACCAACUUCGAGUCCUUCAUGGCCGCCCGCAUCCUCAACGGCUUCUUCUCCACCGUCGCCCAGUCCUGCGGCCUCAUGUUCAUCCAGGACAUGUUCUUCUUCCACGAGCGCGCGCGCAAGAUCAACAUCUGGGCCUCCUUCUUCGUCAUGAGCCCCUACAUGGGCCCCCUGCUGGCCGCCUUCAUGAUGACGACGCAGUCGUGGCCCAUCCCCUUCUGGGUCUACACCGCCGAGACGGGCCUGUGCCUCAUCCUCAUCUCCCUCUUCCUGCGCGAGACCUACUACGACCGCCGCAUCCCCGCCGCCGAGCAGCCGUCCGUCGGCAACCGCGUCGAGAGCGUGCUCGGCAUCGCCCAGUUCCGCUCGCGCCACCUGCGCAACUCGUUCCUGCAGGCCGUCUGGCGCUGCGUGAGCGUGCUGCUCAAGCCGACCAUGCUCCUCGCCAAUUUCUACUACAUGCUCACCUUCGCCUGGGUCGUCGGCAUCAACACCACCCUCGCCAUCUUCCUGGGGCCCCUGUACAAGUUCGGCGUCCUGCAGAUCGGCUACUUCUACUUCACGCCCGUCGUCGCCGUCCUGCUCGGCGAGCUCGUCGGCCACUGGCUGCAUGAUUUGCUCGCGCAGCAGUACAUCCGCGCGCACAAGGGCCACUUCGAGCCCGAGGUGCGCCUGCGCGCCAUCGCCCUCGCCGUGCCCUUCAUGGUCGUCGGGCUCGUGCUCCUGGGCCAGUCCCUCGGCAACGGCUGGCACUACAUGGCGACCAGCGUGAGCUGGGGCCUCUACGUCUUCGGCGUCAUGAUCACCACCACGGCCAUCAGCAGCUACGCGCUCGACAGCUACCCCGAGGCCAGCGGCGAGGUCAGCGCCUGGCUCAACAACUCGCGCACCAUCGGCGGCUUCAUCAUCAGCUACUUCCAGGUCACCUGGGCGACCAACGAGGGCGCGCAGAAGAGCUUCGGCAUCCAGGCCGCCAUCGUGUUCGGCGCCUUCCUCAUCAUCCUGGGCCUGAUGCGCUGGGGCAAGGCGCUGCGCAUCUGGGCUGGGCCGCUGCACUUUGCGACGGCGUAG